GUGAUGGCUGUUGAACACUUAUCCUAUAAUCCUUCAGAAGAUGACUACAUAGACAUGGAAGUCGGUUCAUACUCCGCCUUCUUCUCCCAUUCCAUGAGCUCUCCUCCACACCCAAGAGAGUUUGAGUUUCAAAUGUCAUCAAGCUCACUAGAAAUAGAGCCUCCAACUACUUCACCAGCUGAUGAACUUUUCUACAAAGGAAAGCUCCUUCCUCUUCACCUCCCACCGCGUUUACAAAUGGUUGAAAAACUACUCCAAAACUCCAUUUCAUGCCAUAAGCCAAAAGAUAGAUAUGAAGAUUUCUAUAGUACCCCAUUAGCUACUACUUUCACAACUCCAACAACAAUGAGUACACCAUUUGAAUCCUGCAACAUCUCACCUGCUGAGUCUUGUCAAGUAAGCAGAGAGCUGAACCGGGAUGAGUAUAUAUUCGAGUAUGCAACUGAAGAAAGUGGAUUUGGAUAUGUCCAUGAAAACUCCAAAAAGUCUUGGACCAAAAAGUUGAAGCAGUACUCCUCACUUGGGUCUAAGCUCAAGGCUUCAAGGGCUUAUCUUAAGUCCUUGUUUGGCAAAACUGGUUGCUCUAAUGAGUCCAGUGCUCUAGCAGCAGCUAAGAAUGCAGAUGAAGGAAUGGUUAUGAAAUCCGAGGACUUGAGUAAGUAUGAGAAGAUGGGAAAGAGAAAGCCCUUUGGACAAAUUCAGAAGGAUAAAUAUAGAAUGUCUGCUUCUGGCAUGAGGAGCUUCAACAAGAAAAAGUUCAAUGAAAAUGGUGCUGGUCUUCACAGAAGGUCAUUUUCGUUAGCUAUCAAGCGACAUUCAUCAAAGAAUUCUACUUCCCCAUCCUCCUCAUCCUCCUCCUCCUCCUCCUCAUCAUCAUCAUCAGCUUCUUCAAUAUCAUGUUCAAAUCAUUCAAAUGGGACUCAGGGGCCAAAGUUUCUGAAGAGAUGCAACAGUGCAAAUUCAGAAAUGGAGAGUUCAAUUCAGGGGGCCAUUGCACACUGCAAGCAAUCUCAGCAAACACUUCGUUCGAGAAAGACUGCUAGUGAAGUUGGAUUUUACUCAUUGCCAACUUCACUGUCACCUUGUCAGGACAAGGAAGGACCACAUCUUUGCCGGGGAUGAGAACAAAGAGAACUUUGUUUUGCUGUGAUUUUCUUUAACUUGCUUCACAAAUUUUCUGAAUGGAGAUGGUUUGGUACACUGCCUCUAAAACUACCAAGCAGGAAAAUCCUGUUAUAGUUUGUUCAAAGCCUCAAUGAUAUUUCUGUCCUACACUAGUAUAGAACCUCAAAUCGCAUUCAACAGUUUGAUUGAUUGAUGUGCUUUGAGUCAUUUGCUACCUCUAUUUUAGUGGUUUUUG